UGCCUGUUCCAAGGUGAAGCAAACGAUAUACAACAAUAUUCAGCCUUCCAACUCCAAUCUGCUGUGGGACCCGGAGUUCAUGCUUGAUUUCAUUGAAAACCCUUCUGCACACAGCCUUAACUACUCGAUGCUGGGCAAGGUCCUGAGCGACAACGCGGCCAACCGCUACAGCUUCGUCUGCAACGCGUUGAUGAACGUCUGCAUGGGGCACCAAGACGCAGGCAGGAUCAAUGACAUAGCAAACCUGUGCGCAGAGCUGACCGCGUGCUGCACCGUGCUCAGCGCUGAGUGGCUGGGGGUCGUCAAAGCUCUUUGCUGCUCCUCCAACCACGUCUGGGGUUUCAAUGACCUCCUCUGCAGCGUGGAUGUGAGUGACCUGUCCUUCCAUGACUCCCUGGCCACCUUCAUCGCUAUCCUGAUCGCGCGGCAGUGCUUUUCUCUGGAGGACGUGGUUCAGCAUGUUGCACUGCCUUCUCUCCUGGCAGCUGCCUGCGGGGAUCCGGACGCAGAGCCAGGGGCCAGGGUAACCUGUCGGCUGCUCCUGCACCUCUUCCGGACACCCCAGCUCUGCCCUUUUCCCCAGGGCACAGUGAAAUUAUUUCCUGGGAUUCGUUCUUCUUGUGAUCGUCACCUCUUGGCUGCUGCUCACAACAGCAUAGAAGUGGGAGCUGUGUUUGCGGUCCUAAAAGCCAUUUUGAUGCUGGGUGAUGCCGAAAUUGGCAGCAACGUCAACUGCCUGAAGAGUGAGGACUUCCCCGUGGGAGGGCUGCUGGAUGAGCUCCGUGAGGAUGAAAUCUGGGGCUCCUCUCCUGCUCUGAAAUCGUGUGGAAAAGCCGUUUCUGUAGAAACUGCCAGUCUAAGCGAGUAUGCUAGAUACGUGCUAAGGACAAUUUGCCAGCAGGAGUGGGUUGGAGAGCACUGUUUAAAGGAACCCGAAAGGCUGUGCACAGACAAAGACCUGAUUCUGGAUCCCGUUCUGUCAAACAAGCAGGCACAGAAGCUGCUCCAGCUGAUCUGUUAUCCUCAUGGCGUUAAGGAGUGCACGGAGGGUGACAACCCUCAGCGGCAGCACAUCAAGCGCAUACUGCAGAACCUGGACCAGUGGACUCUGCGGCAGUCGUGGCUGGAGCUGCAGCUCAUGAUCAAACAGUGCACAAAGGAGCCUGGUUCUGGGUCUGUGGCUGAAAUGAACAGCUUGUUGGAUAAUAUUGCAAAGGCGACAAUAGAGGUGUUUCAGCAAUCCGCUGAUCUAAACAAUAACUCUUCUAACUCUGGUAUAGGCCUCUUCAGUCCAAACUCUGUUGGAAAUGCUGACACAAGUAAUACAAGACAGAAUGGUAAAAAGACAUUCCUAAGUUCCUCCGAGCGGCGAGGAGUGUGGCUGGUGGCUCCCUUGAUUGCAAAGCUGCCUACCUCAGUGCAAGGUAGGGUCUUGAAAGCUGCGGGAGAGGAGCUGGAGAAAGGCCAGCAUUUGGGGUCAUCUUCUAAGAAGGAAAGAGAUAGACAGAAGCAGAAAAGCAUGUCUCUCUUGAGCCAGCAGCCUUUCCUUUCCUUGGUGCUUACUUGCCUUAAGGGACAGGAUGAGCAGCGGGAAGGGCUUCUCACAUCCUUGCAGAAUCAAGUUAAUCAGAUCCUUAGUAACUGGAGGGAAGAACGAUACCAGGAUGAUGUUAAAGCUAGGCAGAUGAUGCACGAAGCCCUGCAACUUCGUCUUAACUUGGUGGGCGGCAUGUUCGACACUGUGCAGAGGAGCACCCAGUGGACCACGGACUGGGCACUUGUGCUUCUCCAGAUAAUCACAUCGGGAACUGUCGACAUGCAGACCAACAACGAGCUGUUCACAACUGUGCUGGACAUGCUGGGCGUCCUCAUCAAUGGGACGCUGGCCUCUGAGCUGUCAAAUGCUUCCCAGGGAGGACCUGAGGAGAACAAGAGGGCGUACAUGAACCUGGUGAAAAAAUUAAAGAAGGAGCUGGGGGACAAGCGCUCGGCGAGCAUCGACAGAGUGCGCCAGCUGCUGCCCCUGCCGCGGCAGACCUGCGACAUCGUCACCUGCGAGCCCAUGGGGUCCCUCAUCGACACCAAGGGCAACAAGAUCGCAGGAUUUGAUUCCAUCGAUAAGAAACAGGGCCUGCAGGUGUCAACUAAGCAAAAGGUGUCCCCUUGGGAUUUAUUUGAGGGUCACAAAAAUCCUGCUCCUCUCUCCUGGGCAUGGUUUGGGACAGUCCGCGUCGACAGGAAGGUGAUAAAAUACGAGGAGCAGCAGCACCUGCUCCUGUACCACACGCACCCCAAACCCAAGCCCCGCAGUUACUACCUUGAGCCCUUGCCCCUUCCUCCAGAGGAGGAGGAGGAAGAGCCCAGCACCCCUACGUCUCAGGAGCCCGACAGGAAGACGGGAGAGCUCCCGGGUCAGGGCAGACUGGCCACAGAGGACGAGAGGAAGACCAAGGGCAGGAAGCGCAAGUGCAAGUCAAGCUCCAGGGCUGAUGAAUAUCCCCAGAACAACUUGUACCGAGUGCCUCCCCUGUACUCGCCCGUGCCCCCGCUGAUGCCCCAUGCCCAGCCUGCGCUGUGGGGCUAUGGCGCCGUGGGGCAGCCCCAGCCCGGCUUCUUCCUGCAGCACCAGCCCCUGCUGCCAGGUGGCUCCAGGCUGGACCCGACGGGUGCCUUUGCUCCCAGCAGUACGAAGCAGGCGCUGUCAAACAUGCUGCAGCGGCGCUCGGGCACCGUGCUGCAGCCGCCUCCCGCGCAACCCGUGGCGCCCCAGCAGCAGCUGGUGCAGAUGAAGCUCCUGCAGCAUGAGCAGCAGCAGCAGCGGCUCCCCCCGCCGCAGGGCCAGCCCAUGGACCAGGCUGCUGUUUUCACUCCACAAGUGCAACCUGUGCCUCAGCUACCCCCCUAUCUAGGGCUGCAGCCAACACAGAGCAUGCCCCCUGGGUACACCAUGUUCAGCUCUCCAGUGCCCAGCAUGAUGCUGUCUCCCAGCUGCACCCCCCGGGCCUACACGGCACCUUCUGGCCCUGCACUGCUGGAGCGGCUGCAUCCGGCGCAGCACAGCCCCGGGGGAUUCCUCCAGCAGCCACCGGCUGCCUAUGCACAGCCCUCGGUGGGCACACAGCGGUUGAGCCAUCAGCCCCUGCAGCCGAGCCCGCUGGCUGGGGGGGGUUUGGAGCAGGCUCCCCUCGUGCCCCUGGGCACAGUGCAGCUCCCGGAGCCUGUGAGGCAGCGCCAGCAGCGCCUCUUCCAGUUGCAGCAGCAGCAGCAGGGGCAGCAGCCGCUUGGUCUCCAGCCCACACAGCCACAGCAGCCCUUGUUUCCAAGGCAGGGCCUGCAACAGACGCAGCAGCAGCAGCAGACAGCGGCGCUGGUCAGGCAGCUGCAGAAGCAGCUCUCUAGUACCCAGCCUCAGCAGGGAGCCGGCCAGUGCGGGCACCCCACGCACUUCUGA